CACUUCCGGGUCCACCAUCUUGUUGCCUCCAUUUCUCCACGAGGGGGGGUUAAAGGCCCCCAAAAUAUGCAUAUAUGAAAAGGCCAAAAAGUAACCGUCAGUGACAGGGAGUCUUAACUAGAGAAGGAAACGGGACCAAACUGGCGGGCUCGGUGGAAGCGCGGCCAGCAGCGCCCCGGACGAGGAGAAAGACAACGUUGCUGUCUGGCACAGGAGGAGUGGUGAUGGAGGGGAAACGAGGACUCUUAAUUAUGUCUUUGGUGGACUUGGGGAAGAGGUUACUAGAAGCAGCAAGAAAAGGCCAAGAUGAUGAAGUGAGAGCAUUGAUGGCAAAUGGCGCCCCAUUCACCACAGACUGGCUUGGAACAUCACCCCUCCACCUUGCAGCCCAGUAUGGUCAUUAUUCCACAGCAGAAGUGCUCCUACGAGCAGGCGUUAGCAGGGAUGCCCGGACCAAAGUGGACAGGACCCCCUUGCACAUGGCUGCGGCUGACGGACAUGCACACAUCGUGGAACUGCUUGUUAGGAACGGUGCAGAUGUGAAUGCCAAGGACAUGCUGAAGAUGACAGCUUUACAUUGGGCCACAGAGCACCACCAUCGGGAUGUUGUGGAGCUGCUUAUCAAGUAUGGAGCUGAUGUGCAUGCUUUCAGCAAGUUUGAUAAAUCUGCCUUUGACAUAGCCCUGGAGAAAAAGAAUGCUGAGAUUCUGGUCAUCCUUCAGGAAGCAAUGCAGAAUCAGGUAAAUGCGAAUCCUGAGAGAGCCAACCCCGUGACUGUGGCCACCCCAUUCAUCUUCACAUCCGGAGAAGUUGUCAACCUUGCCAGCCUUGUUUCUUCAGCCAGUACCAAAACAACCUCAGCUAAUGCAGAGGAAAUCAUAGAGGGAAAUUCCGCUGACUCAUCAAUCCAGCAAGUGGUGGGGAGCGGAAGCCAAAGGGUCAUCACCAUUGUGACUGAUGGAGUCCCUCUGGGUAAUAUCCAGACUGCAGUCCCUCCGGGAAGCCUCGGCCAGCCAUUCAUUGUAACUGUGCAAGAUGGACAGCAAGUUCUAACUGUACCUGCUGGUCAGGUUGCAGAAGAGACUGUAAUUGAAGAAGAAGAGGAUGAAGAGGCAGAGAAGUUGCAGCUAACUAAGAGGCCGAGGACAGAGGGGACAGCAAACAGUGCGGAGGAAAGCAAGGAGGGCGCUGAGCGACAGCUCCUUCAGCGGCAGCUCCAGGAGGCCAAUCGCAGAGCUCAGGAGUACCGACACCAGCUCCUGCGGAAGGAGCAGGAGGCCGAGCAGUACCGCCUCCGGCUAGAGGCCCUGGCCCGGCAGCAGCCCGACGGAGUUGACUUCACCAUGGUCGAAGAGGUGACGGCAGUCGAUGCUGUCGUAGUCACAGAGGGAGAGACAGAAGUGACCAGGGCAGGAAGGACGACAGAGCCUCAUCCUGGAGUUUCCAUGGAAACUGUGUCAUCUUAACAUGCAAGGGCCACAACAUGUACUACGUCUGUCUUUUCCCUUUUUUAAAAAGAAAAUACAGAGGACACACAGUGUACAAAAAUUAAGAAUGUCCUAAAGAAGAAAACCAUAGUGGGAUCUAGUGCUCGGACUCAGGAGGGCUUGCUAUGCACCUGGAAAAUUCAAACACAUUUAGAGGAGCACUUCUUCUGAGGGACCAAAAGAGUAAGGACCAAAUUUCCAGCUCCCAUCAUUGCUUUAAGCUUCGAGAUAAAGGAGUGCUGGAUAUUGUGGGUUGAUUGUUUUUUAAAUAACUGACUUUCCAGCAGAAGAUUUUAAGGUAACAUUCCUAGUGUGAACGCACACAGGGCCUUUAAUAACUGUACCAUCAAGUGACCUUAUAACCUGCCUUAUAUUUACACGUACCUGGUAGAGAAGACAACUACCUGGGAGGGGUUAGGAGCAAGCGCUGGGAAGAGGAGGAAAUCUGUCCCACUCCCGAAGAGCAGACCGUCCCCUCCGUCCCGAGGCCACUUCACUGGAAAGGAACUGGCAGUUGCCUCACUAACCCUGCAUCCAUCAUGUGUCCAUAGUUCAGAUGCCAGUUUAAGAAACUUAAGUGGAAUAUUUAAAAACGGAAAGGAAAGAAAACGUGUUUCUGUGGGAGAAGUGUGUGUCCGUCCAGAAUCCUCCGGGCUGUGCUUCCCAGCGCUGGCAGGGGCCAGAGAGAGCUGGUGCGGUUAUGAAGCCACCUGGUCUCGAGAUACACACUUUGCUCUGGCUGGAUUUCAGAGAAUCACCGUCAGGAUGGUCAUCUGUUGCUAGAACAACUUGCUUCCAAACAUUUAUUUAUCUAAUAUCAUGGUUUAAUAUCAACUUUUUCAUUUUGUAAAAUUUUGUUGGGUUUUCUAAGUGUGCCUUUCUGUGGAGUUCACGUGGCAGCCUCUUCACUGCAAAAAAGGAAGUCAGCGGAGAGGUGGAUGCUGAAGGGGUUGGUGGAAUUUUGUUUCUGUUUCACUUCUGAUGAAUAACGUGUUCUGCUUCCCGAAGGUCGAGCCCGCACAGGGCUGGUGUGCUUUUCAGUGCUCAGUGUGCAUGUGGCAAAGGGAGUGAAAACGGGCCGUGCCAUGGAGUAAGGAACCGCGAGUUUCAGCCUGAGAACUUUGUCCGACUCCCCUCUCUACCGCUAUCCUGCUCCCGCUGCCUGCAUGCUAUAGGAAAGUGGUUCAUUACUGGGUUUCCUUUGUGUGCCAGUUUGGAGGCUUGUUUUUUUUCCCCUCCCAAAAGAAAGGCCGGGGGGGGGGGGAGGAUGGCUGGAGAGAGAGAGACAGGUUGUGGAGAGGUUAUAUUACAGAAGUUACUGCUUUUGAAAUUGGGCCCCCAUCAUUCUCGACCUGCUUGCUUGCUUUAUUGUAAAUUAGAAGAAACCAGAGGGAGAUAUGCCAAGUAAACAUUUGAAUGACUGUUUAGAAUACGAUUUUCUUAAUUAGCAAUCAUGGGGAAAACAUACAUUUUUAAUUUGGGAUAAAACUUGACAGUUAACAUGGCUCUAUUUACCUUGAUUAGUGAAGUAAUUUGCUGCAGUUUUCCAGAGGUGCAGAAUCACUUGGGGCUCAAAAUAGGUGGAAAACGUAACUCCCCAAACCAGAUUUAGCAAACAGAAUUGGCUAUUAGAGGCUUAUGGGCAAAAAUACCAGUUUUGAAAUAAAUCUUGGCUUUGGCCACCAUGACUGGGUUUUCUCCAGAGACUCAGGGUCUGGAGGACGGUGGAGUGAGUGCAGUGGGGGAGCGCAGGUCAGGGGGAGGGUGAAAUGGUGCCAUCUGCUGUCACAUCAUCCUUUUUUCUUAUUUUUCUUUUUUUCUUUUUUUUUGCUCCUGAUGCUUUUCUUUUCCCUGAGCCCCCUUGUGAACCAGGUGCUAACAAUAAGCUGCUAUUGUGUGCUUUCGCAGAGCCUCAGCUUAGCCACAGGGAUGGAGGGAGCAAGGAUCAUUUCAGAUUUGCUGUGUGGAUGUUAACUUGUGUAUAUAUUGACUUUAAUUCCUUCCCCCGCCUUUCCUGUGAAGGGGGUGGAAGUUAACUCUGCAGAAGAUAUCAAGGCCCAGCCUCCUCACCCCCUGGGGUAGCCUCUGAAUUGGGGGCAGGAGUUGCCGUCCAACACUGCCCGGGGACCCUAGAGUCCUUACUGCUUUGGUUUAGAAAUUCUUACUAUUCUCUUUCUGUAGGAGGCAGUCAUUCUCACCUAGAAAAAUCUUUAAUACAGUCCAAGUCAUUUUUGAUGGUGAGGUCUCUGAGAUAGGGAGUUGGGAUAGGGAAAGAGAAAAGAGAAAUGUCUGGAAAGGGGUGGGUAGCAAAAAGGUAUUUGUUGUUAUUUACUUGAAAUACACCUUCUGGUAUUCCAAGGAAAGGAAAUAAGAUUUGAUCUCCAAUUGUAUUGCCUUGGAGAGAAUGGUAGGUCAGGAUCACGAGGUAGUAAGAAGUUAAAUAUUAAAUGCAUUUAUGGCAAUGCCAUUUUAUGAUUUUGCAUAUCUUUCUGGAUCAGCAAUGGAUGUUGGGAAAAUGUAGCUAGAUCCUCUGGGUUGGUGGAUUCAACUGGUUUAUUGGCAAAACUGGAUUACGGAGAAUCAAAUAACAUUCAGGCAGUUCAAAGUUAGUACUUAAGCGGAGAAACCUGGAACCCAGGAUGAUAUCUUACCUUAAAAUAAACUUGCUUUAACAGUAUCAGUAUUAAUAUAUGAAUUGUAGACUCGACAGUUGAUUUUGGUCUUAAGCCUUCCCCCAAAAGAGAGAAAGAAAGAAAUCUUAAUAUUUCUGUUCUUGCUUCUGGCUUCAGGGAAAUUACUUAUAAAUAUAUAAACACUUCCUAUCACUACCUCUGUGGGAUCUCUUAAUUGUAAUGUCGGAGUUGAAGUCUCCUAAUGGAAAUACGGGAGAACUUGACUUUAGAAUUCCUAUGUUUUGAACCCAGUGCCUUAAAAGAUGUUUUUUCCUCUCUGUCAGAGCCAUGUGUAGUUAUUUUUGGCAUUGCCUUUCCCCCUUCAGCCUUACCAUUGAAUUAUUAACAUUUUUGUGUCUGCUCAGUAGUGUUAGAAAUCUAUGGCAUACAAAAUGACUUCUUUUCUUUAUGUUGAUGUAAAAGAAAUGAAUUUACCAGAGGGCUCUGUGACCAAGGCCUUUUAAAAACCCUUUUGUCGGGUGUGUAUUUGUGUGUAUGUUUCUAAAUACACACGGAUUUUUCCCACUUUUCUCUUUAUUUGAGGCUCCACUCUAAAGUACCUGGGAUAACCUGGAAAUACUUUCAUUUCAUUAAACACAUUAGAGAGGGUUUCUGCGGCUUUGCGAAAGCGGCGGAAGAAGGAAGGGCCUUACUUGGACCCUUCUCUGCGAGAUGCUCAGGCAGGGACAAUGAGAAAUCCUAGGACCAAAGCCCCAGGGAGAACCAGUCUCUGGCUUUACAGAGAUUUGUUUGGCCUGUGGUGUGAGGACACUGUGUGGGCUGAAAGGUGCUGGCCAGUGCCAGGUAGGGGCGGGGCUGCCCUUCUGAGGAGCCGGCCCCCUUGUCUGCUCCUGGGGCAGCAGGUAGGCGUUUUGAC